GCCGCCACUUCGCUGUACUCGAGGAGCCCCGGUACACCUCGGUUUCCGGCGGGUGCUCCCUCGCGGUUCGAAGUGUCCCGCGUGCCGCGCCGCCCGGUCGCGACCCGCGUGCCGGCCACGUGGCUCCGUUUGCCGCUCGCCAUCAGCUCACCGGCAACGCUCAGCAUUAUUCACGCGCACGCCAUUGAUAAAUCUCCUGUAAUUACUGUCAACGAUCAAAGUAUCAAAAUGCAAUGCACGUUGUGAAAUCAUAAGCAUUUAAGAAGUUGGCAUUAAUGUUAGAAGUACAGGACUCUGUGAAUGGACGGAUAUAUUUGGGAUAUUGUGAGUAAAGACUAUUCCAAAUGGAAGCCACUGCUUGUCCAGAAGACCACCACCGAGCCUACAAGCUCUACAAUAUGUAUAAGCGACCAGAAAACAUCGAGCUGUCAGCAUCUCGCGACACCAAAUUGAGUGUGUACGCUAUGAACGACCAGACGUUCCACACUCCAUCUUUUGGCGACGAAGAAUUUGACAUUCCAAUGAUUCACGGACAGCACGUUCCCAGUAGUGGAGUUCAAAACUCCCACAUCCAGUACACACAGCUCCACCCUGCGCCACAGGUAGUGGGCAUGAUGAAUCCAGCGCAAGACGGCCUUGCGCCUCCCGGCGGAGCACCAUCAUAUCAACAACCUCUUUAUUUACAAGAACCUCACACGCCAGUCACAUCUCACGGUGGUGCAGGAGCACCGGCUGGUAAUUACAUGAUACAGCAGCAGCCAGGAGGCCAGCAGCGGCUACUGAUGAUGCAGCCAGCACAACAGGUCAUGAGUGGGCCCCCAACUCCUAACACCCCCACUCAGCCCUCAGGACCUGUGUAUGGCUCACCACAAAGAGCAUCACCACCUGGAACAACAAGUGAUGAUUCAGAUGAUAGUGUACCUUCACAUCAAUCACAGUUGCCUGGUGACGCGGAAAGCCUUCUGCCUAUCCAUUAUUGCUCGGCGAGCCGGCAGCAACAAACUACGCUUCAUCAGAUUGGCGUAGCCAAUAUGGGCGUAAAAAGGUCCUCGCCUGAACCGAUAGAUAACGGAAUAAAUCGUGGACAAAUGCAGAAAAAACCUAAAGUUCAAAAGAAAAAGAAGAAAAGAGACCCUAAUGAACCACAGAAGCCUGUCUCAGCAUAUGCCUUAUUCUUUCGAGACACGCAAGCGGCUAUUAAAGGUCAAAAUCCGAACGCGAGUUUCGGCGAAGUUUCCAAAAUUGUCGCAUCAAUGUGGGAUGGACUAGAUUCAGAACAUAAAAGCGUGUACAAACAAAAAACGGAAGUGGCGAAAAAAGAAUAUCUUAAAGCACUUGCUGCUUAUAGAGCUAGCCUCGUUUCAAAGGGCGGCGAGCAAGAGAGUCCAACAAUGUAUAAUCACACUAAUAACACGAAUCCGGCGUAUGGGAAUUACUACCAAGGACAGACAUACGGAAAUGGUCAUUCACCUCAAGGGUACGGUCCUAACACUGCUCCACAAGGGUACACACCACAGAACUACCCUGGAGGACAGCCACAGGGUACAUACCCCAGACAAGCACCUCAUGGGUACCCACCAAACCCUCAGCAAUCUCCUCAGGGCUAUCAGGGCACUAUGCCCCAUAAUCCACAGCAAUAUCAGGGUCAGCACAUACCAAGCCAAUCCCCUCAAGGCUACCAAGUGAACCCAACAACUUCACCACAGAACUGCCAGCCUAAUCUAGCACACUCUCCAAUAGGCUAUGAACCAGAACAAUCUCCCACCAGCUACCCCCCUAACUCUGGAUUGUCACCUCCUGGAUACAGGCAGGUCCAGUCACAGUCACCUCCUAUGGGUGCUGUUCAUGCUAUGCAGUAUCAUCAACAGCAAAUGCAACAAACGCACCAACAAAUGCAGCAAGCACAUCAAGUACAGCAAUACCAGCAGCAGCAGCAGAUGCAGCAGUCACAACACACUCAACAACAGAUGCCACAGCAACAUGCACAGCAGCAUGCGCAACAGAACCAUGCGCAGCAGCCACACCCCCAGCAGCAAAUGCAGCAACAUCCUCAACCACAACAGCACCAACAAAACCAGCAACAGCAGCAUCAAAACCAACAGCAACCUCCUCCACAGCAGCCCCCACCACAACAAACCCAACCGCAGCAAAAUCAACUUAUCAAAGCUGAGUCUCAUUCACCUAACAGCAAUGGAAAUGCGGGCAUGCCACAGAAGUCACCAGAUCAAAACGAGAACCGCAGCACGCCGUCGUGCAUCCGCCAAGGCUGCACCAACCCCGCCAUAGCUAACAGUGAAUGGGAGGACGAAUAUUGUUCCAAUGAGUGUGUCGUCAGCCAUUGCAGAGAUGUCUUCAGCUCAUGGGUGGCUUCCAACAACAGCAACCAAAUCCAAAGCUUCUCUGCUGUAAAAUAAGUACGCAGUUGUACAUAUCACAUGUAAUAACCCAUAUGAAGUUUUCUAAUAGAAGUACAUUGCUCUAGGUCUGAUAUACAAUUAUUUUAUAAUUUUUUGAAAGGGAUCUCAAAUCAAAAAGAUGGUCUGGCACAUAUAGUGUCCAUAAGAUCAAAUAAGUAGGGACUUUAUGAGGCAGACACAUCAUUGUAUAACCUAACCUAUUUUUGUGUAGAACCCCUUAUAACUAUGAUAUUCCCAUCUCUGACGCCUAGCAAUAGUAUAACUUGGUGAUUUAUAUAUUCUCAACAAUCUGAGGCUAUGGUAUAUAAAUUUUGAGCAAAUAUCUCUUAGUUCCUUAGUUUCGACUGAAGAGUUGUUCGGUUAUUGAAUUUCCAUCAAUAUAUUAUGAAUAAUUUUAUAGUAUUAAACUAGUAAGUAAAUAUUGAGAAAGAUGCCAUGUAUGGGUGUCGUGUAUUUAAAAUCUCAUGUCCAAUAUAACCCAUGCGGUUUUGAGGAUAACAUUUAUUGGUCUUAUAAAUGAGUACACAAAUACUACUCAAAAGAAAGCUUGUGCCUUUAAAGGAAAAUGUUUGGUUGAUAUUUUUUUAUUGUAAAUCAGUGGAUAGAUUUAAGUAUUUUCACAACUGCCAAGAUGCUAAAGAUACAUAAGAGUGAGUAAUGUGUCUAAUUCCAGUCUUCCCCAAAUAUGUAUAAUAAACCUUAAUUAAUAUUUUUUUGCAAAAAACGGCUCUUAUUUUCUUUUGAGUGGUGUAUAUUACGUUGUAUUUAUCGGCUGUUAAUAAUAUAAUUUCCAUGAAACAAUACUUCGCCUUAAAACUAUUAUUCAAAAUGGAAUGUAUAGCUAGAAUGUAAGUGAUUAGCUCGAAAUUAUUGCAUGAUUGUGCAUUUAUUGAAUACAAUUGUUACUUAGUACAUUUUAAUCAGUAUUUUGUUGAUUUAAAUCAUCGUUUAAUUCUAGCAUUUACUAUAAUUAUGGACCUCUUUAUUUUCGCGGAGUACGCGACAUCGUCGUAACGCUUGCCAUGAGUUUAGUAUUGAGAGUACGGAGUAGCAGUUACUGUGUAAUAAGUGAGAGUUAAUUGUAAUUAAUUAUGCUUAUAAAGUAAUACAUUGGUAAACAUUACAUUUAUAUCGACAUUUCGUAAGAGAUACUACGAGCAUUUUACACCAUAUAGUGUUAUUCACUGUGAAUGUCAAACUGAUGAUGAAAAUAGCAAUAAUCUACAUUAUUUCCCUAGUUGUGUUAGAAUAGGAUUUAGCUGGACCAAAAUUUUCUUUAUAUGUAUUCAAAGCGAUGAUAUUUUAAGAAACAAAAUACAUACGUUUUAUUGUAUAUUAUUAUCAAAUACAUAACGUGUUGUAAAUAAACUGCAAUAAUAGGAGUAGCUAAUAGUAUAGAGCCUACCUGUA